UCCACCAGUCUCCCUGUAUUCUGAUUAAAACACACAUUUACACCUCUCUUUUGCCUAAGUACUACUCAACCACUCGAUCCACUUACUGCACCACUAAUCUCUCUCUCUCUCUCUCUCAACUCAUUUUCAAUAGCAGUUUCUAGCUCUUUCUCGCUGAUAUCAUCAUCCUUUUUUCUCUCUCUGUCUCUUCACCAAUAAAGCGCGUCUUUAUCCCACCAAAAUAAAAAAAAAGGGAGGAAGAUAGCCUUCCAUGGCUUCCCUACUUCAAACUCUCAAUAACCCAACGUACACCUCCCCCUCGGCUUCUCUAUCAGUCUUCCGAAGAUGGAACCGCAACUCCAUCAGAGUUCUCACAAUUCCAAACAAACCCUUUUCCCCAAAGCCUACAACACUGAUCAAAUGCUCUUCGGUUUCAAGCCUAACCCCCAGGCUGGAUCAUGAACCAGCGCGAGAACUCAAACAAGAGGACAAGCCACUUCGAGAUGUUUGGGAGGAAAUUCAAGGGUGUAACAACUGGGAAGGCCUAUUAGACCCCAUGAACCCUAAUCUCCGGAAAGAGAUCAUCCGAUAUGGCGAAUUUGCGCAGGCCUGCUACGACUCCUUCGACUUCGAUCCUCACUCAAAAUACUGCGGAACCUGCAAGUACCAAGGUGCCCAUUUCUUCCAAAAAUUGGACAUGGCUGAUAGAGGGUACCAAAUCAGCAGAUAUCUCUACGCAACCUCCAACAUCAACCUCCCAAACUUCUUCCAGAAAUCAAAGAUGAGCAGUGUGUGGAGCCCCCACGCAAACUGGAUGGGCUACAUCGCAGUUACAACAGAUGAAAAAGAGAUCAAAAGAUUAGGCCGGCGUGACAUAAUAAUCGCAUGGAGGGGCACCGUCACAUACCUCGAAUGGAUACACGACCUUAAGGACAUCCUCUGUCCGGCCCAUUUCAGAGACGAUCCCAACAUCAAAAUCGAGUCCGGGUUCUACGAUUUGUACACCAAGAAAGAGAACAACUGCAAAUUCUGCUCAUUCUCGGCUAGAGAACAAGUGCUCGCUGAAAUCAAGAGGCUGGUCGAGAGGUACAAGGACGAAGAAAUCAGCAUAACGAUCACUGGGCACAGCCUUGGCGCAGCCUUGGCUUUGUUGAGCGCUUAUGACAUAGCUGAAAUGAACCUGAACGUAAGGAACAAAUCAAGGAUCCCAAUUUCAGUCUUUUCCUUUUCAGGACCUCGAGUGGGCAAUCUCAAGUUCAAGGAGAGGUGUGAUGAGCUGGGAGUGAAGGUCCUGAGAGUGAUAAAUGUCCAUGAUAAAGUCCCCACAGUGCCUGGAAUCAUCACAAACGAGAAGUUCCAAUACCAAAAGUACAUAGAGGAGACGAUCUCCUUUCCCUGGAGCUAUGCUCAUGUAGGUGUGGAACUGGCAUUAGACCACACCCACUCUCCAUUUCUGAAGCCCACAAAUGACCUUGGUUGUGCGCAUAACCUUGAAGCCCAUCUGCAUUUGGUCGACGGCUACCACGGGAAAGACCGGAAAUUCAGCCUGGCGACGAAGCGGGAUAUCGCACUGGUGAACAAGAGCUGUGACUUCCUGAGGAGCGAGUACGGAGUGCCGGGAAAUUGGCGUCAAGAUGAGAAUAAAGGGAUGGUGAGGGCCAGCGACGGCCGGUGGGUUCUGCCAGAGAGGCCUAGGAUGGAGGCCCACCCUCCGGACACGGCCCACCACCUUGAACAGGUGCUCAAACUUAGUAGGUCUACGUUGGAAGCCAGUUCAUAAUUUGGUUGUAAUUAAAUUGUUGAUUAUGUUGAAGUUAGUAAAUUCAUAUAUACAAUUUUAGCAAGACCCAUUUCCAAUUA